GAUUUAAGCACCCUCACACUGGGGAACAUCUGCAUUUUACAUGCCCACCACCUCAUGACUUCGCUGCACUAGUGCAUGGGCUUCGCAGCGUCUCUGGUCAUCGAAGCAAAAGUUAGAUCUGCAAUAAUUGAAAAAGCCAUGUAAAAUUGAAGCCAUCUUCCAGUCUAGGAAGCUCCCUUCUAUGGUUACUACACCAGAGCACUGUACGAUUAUGUUAAGCUUAUUCUUUAUGUUGCCUGAAUAGCAGUGAAAUUGUACUUCUUGGAGAGAAAAUAUUGUACCAAGUAAAAUAUCAAAAUAGUCUCAUGACUAUUUACAUGAGGCCAUUUUAAUCAUGG